CAAGAGAGAGAGAGACACAGGCAAAGAGCGAGGGAUUUGAGCUGGGCACGCGGCGCGAAGGCCGACGGGUCGUGCGGUCGUGCCCAACGGCCUUCUCAGCCCAUCUCGUGCCCACGUCCCUCUUCCCAUUUCUGACCAACCCCUCUUCAUCCCUCGGACUACAAAUGCGGCGCAACCGUGAGCGCAGCUGCAGUUGGGGAGUGUGCAGCAGUAUGUUCUCGGUCUCGCCAUCGCAUCUCGCAGAGUAGACACUCAAAUCCGAUUGUCGAGGGGGAGAAGGUGGAGAUCGUUGUAACGGCUAGUUGCGUCGGCCCGAUGGACCCGUCGUACCAUGGCGGCGGCGCCGCCGGUGGAAGCGCCGACGACCAUGGCCAAAUUCUUUGGGAUUGGACAGAACAGCAUUGUGAACCUAACGAUUCAAGUCAUGCAGAUGCUACUAAAUUUGUGUGGGAUUGCCUCAAUCAAGAUGACAAUGAGCUGUUGGGAUUGCUUGGAAAUCAAACCCCAUUGAGAUACUGCCGUGAUUUCUUCGCUGACCUUGAUGAUAUCACAUGCAAGGAGACCCUGGACCUGGAGGAAUCUCGGGAAUCAAAGCGGCGGCGCACAUUGGAGUACCCUUUGGAGUCUAGUCAGUCAGAAGUUGGGACUCAUGAAACCGGUUCACCUUUCGUCACACCUGAGGUAGCAGAAAUUUCAUUGCUCUGCACUGAUAAACCACAGAGCUUAAAUUGUGGUAUGCACCACACUUUAAAUAAUCUAGAUACAAUAAAUUCCUUGUCAGAUGAAGCACCCUACCAGCAAGAAGAUAUCCUUUUGGAACAUUGCUCUUAUGGAACGGCAGUGUACCUUGAGCCAGAUCAAACACCUUGUAGCCAGCAGAGCAUUGCAUGUACAAAUGAUCAAGCUGGUAUUUCAGGAACAAGUGAGAUUGCACCAAUGACAGAAAGUUUCAUAAUGCAGGAAACUAGGAAGCUUUCUACACUCAAAGUCUCCAAUGGAGCAAGCUCGUCACUAGUUACGAAGGACAACUUAACUACCUCAGUAGCAUAUCCUUUUACUCUCAUCAAACCAUCCUGGCAAGAAGGCGAUGUUACCUUGCAGGAUAUAAAUCGGCGAAUCCGUCCUCCUAAGAAGGCCCCAGAGAUCCUUGGAACUUCAGCAUUCUCUGGCAAGCCAGUGAUUAACAAGACAAGAAUCAGAACAGAAGGAGGGAAAGGAAGCAUCACAAUACUAAGAACAAAGGGCUGAGAACCGGAAAAUACCUUUGAUCCUUAUUUAUCUGCUCCUUUGUGGUCAAUUGUACAGGUCUGAGCACUUGAGGCUGCCAUUGAUUCACAGUUCAUGGAACAGAGGGCUUAGAGCUUGAGGAUGCCAUUGAUUCUUAUUUAUCUGCCAUUCUCUCGAUUGCUUUUGGCACUCUGGUCAAUGUGCAGGCCUCUUAGCUUUCCAGCUGUUACUUUUUUUCUUUCAGUUUUGUACCGUGACUUUGUCUUGUGAAUAGUAUUAUGACAUGUGGAUGUGGUCAACGAUAUAUACAAAGCACUAAAGUUAAUGGAAUUAGUGUGUUAAAUUCCAUGUACUUGAGUCUGUUCAAGCUCUGUGCCGAGAAAAUUUCUUAUAUGACACUAGCAAACUCACUUA